GUGAAUUCUCCAUUUUAUGGGGUUAGUUGUUCCUUCGGUUGGCUUUGAAAUGGCAUGCAUACAUUUACUUCUUAGAAUGCCACUGGAAUCCAGUCCAUUAAACAGAAGCUGUUAAUGCUGACCUUUAAAUUAAAAGAAAUUGGCAAUUAAACCUUAAAUGUAUAUUAAUUGCGCGACUGUUUUAGAAAGUAAUUGUUGUGUGUGUGGAUAGGAAGUCAGCUCAUGUGAAGCUUUGAUUCUCACACCCUGUGACUCUGAGUUUAUCAUUAGCAGAAAACAGAAACAGGAGCACAAGUCCUGCAUAACUAAUGAGGGAAGUCAAUGGUAAACCAAAACCACUAACCAUUGAAAAGAUUUCCAAAGGGCAGGUUGUGUUGAGCAUAUUUCUCCUUCUGACUUUUAAUGGGGCCAGCUGUGCCCUUUGCUUAAAGGUCUAAAAGUUCUUUUAGUUCUGCUUAAUUAAUAAGAUGUUCCAGCUAAAGUUAAGGGUCAUUCUGCUGCUCCUGCUUGUCGCAGUCAGAUGUGUUGCAGAGGAAACAACACCAGUGAAAGGCUGUGUUUGCGGAUACCCUGGAAUACCGGGAGAUCCCGGACACAACGGAGUUCCUGGGAGAGAUGGCAGAGACGGCCUUCAGGGGGACAAAGGUGAUAAAGGUGACAUUGGCCCCGCUGGACCUGCAGGUAUGGAUGGCCACAGGGGAGAAAAAGGAGAAUCUGGUAUUACUGGCCUAGCGGGAAUAAAAGGAAAAAGAGGAGAUAACGGAGAACGGGGGCCUCCUGGUAAAAUGGGGCCCCAAGGAGUGCAAGGACCCAUUGGUCCAAAAGGAAAUAAAGGGGAGCUUGGACUACCUGGACCACAAGGGCCAAAAGGAGAUUUGGGACCUCUUGGACCAGAAGGUCCACAGGGAGAAAUUGGACUCCAAGGUGAAAGAGGUAUUCAGGGACCAAUGGGACCCCCUGGUAAGCUGGGACCCAAGGGCGAUAUUGGAAUUCCAGGGAGCAAAGGCAAUAUUGGUUACCGUGGAGAGAGAGGGUCUCGAGGUGAGAAGGGCAGUAAAGGUGACAAAGGAGACUUGCCCGUGAUCCCUAAAAGUGCCUUCACCGUGGGACUCACAGCACAAACCAAACUGCCUGCAGCCAAUGCUCCAAUACGCUUUGACAAGAUUAUCUACAACGCGCAGAACCACUACGAUCCCCUGACAGGAAGAUUCACGUGCUCUGAGGCCGGCGUCUACUACUUCACCUACCACAUCACCGUCUUCUCUAAAAAUGUGAAAGUGGCCCUCAUGAGAAACGGGGCAAAGAUCCUCCACACCACUGACAACUAUCAAAGCAGCGAGGACCAGGCAUCAGGGGGGGCGGUGCUGAACUUAGAAGUUGGCGACAAGGUGUGGCUGCAGGUGACCGGGGGGGAUCUCUACAAUGGGCUGUUUGCUGAUGAAGAUGAUGACACCACCUUCACUGGAUUUAUCAUCUUUGGAGCCUGAUUUUUUUUAUUUUUUUUUAGCAGAGUAGAAUAGAAUAGAAUAGAGUAGAACUUCAUAAGAAUCAAUUACAGAAACAAGCUUAGUUUUAAUUGUUUUCUAUUUUUCUUUAAAGUUAAAUGUAAUUAAGAAAAAAUGAGUCCACAGAUUCAAUAUAAUUUCUCUCAGAUUUUUAGGGUUGAACUGUAUUGAUAAUUGCUUUGAAAAUAAUGAAGAUCAGUUGUACAGAUUCUUGAAAAUAAAUGGCAAAAUAAACAUUUUUAAAAUUAUUGGUGUUUUUUAUUUAA